AUGGAGACUUCUAGCUCCAACAAAAGGAAGUUCUCCCAUUUCAAGAAACAUUCACGGGGUAAGAACAAUAACAACAAGGGGCAAAACUCGAAAGAGGUCAAAGAGACAAAGGCUUAUGUUACCACCACUACAAAUGAUACCGGCAGGAAGCCUUACACCGGGAGUGCACUAAAGUGCAAAAAAUGCCCCUUCCACCACUACGGAGAAUGUCGAAGUCCCAAGUGUGGUAAAUGUGGUAAACUUAGGCACCGCACUGAGGUGUGCUGGGGAACGAACACUAAGGAUCAAGGUUGCUUCAACUGUGGUGACAAAGGGCACUUUAAAAGGGAUUGCCCGAAGGAAAUCCAAGCUCGGGGUAGAGCAUUUGUGAUAGGAGCUAAGGACGCUCGCCAGGAACCGAAUGUGGUCACCGGUACGUUCCCUAUCAAUAAUCACUUCGCAUCUAUUCUUUUCGAUACUGGAGCAGAUUAUAGUUUUAUUUCUAAGGAAUUUAGAAAUAUACUUGGGGUAGAAUCGAGCAAAUUAGAUAUUCCAUACUCGAUUGAACUAGCUGACGGGAAAUUAGUAGAAUCAGGGGAAAUCAUAAAGAAAUGUACCUUAGAACUGGGUGAACGAAAUUUUGACAUAGAUCUCUUACCGGUUCCGUUAGGUAGUUUCGAUGUCGUUAUUGGUAUGGAUUGGUUAUCCGAUAAUCAAGCCGAAGUCAUAUGUCAUGAGAAGAUCAUACGCAUCCCCCUGCCCGUUGGUGAACAUUUGCUAGUACACGGGGAGAAACAAGACAUGCCAUUAUGA